AAAGGGGACAUCAUCGGCAUCAUCGAGAAGCCGCCCGUGGGCACCUGGACCGGGCUGCUCAACAACAGGGUGGGCUCCUUCAAGUUCAUCUACGUGGAUGUCAUCCCUGAGGAGACGGCCCCCGCCCGCAAGAGCCGGGGUCCCGGCAAGAGCAAGCGGCCCAAGCCCAAGACCCUCCACGAGCUGCUGGAGCGCAUCAACCUGCAGCAGCACACCUCCACCCUGCUGCUGAACGGCUACCAGACCCUGGAGGACUUCAAGGAGCUGCGGGAGACCCACCUCAAUGAGCUGAACAUCACGGACCCCCAGCACCGUGCCAAACUGCUCACGGCCGCCGAGCUCCUCCUGGAUUAUGACACAGCGAGCGAGACGGAGGAAGGCGACAGCUCCGAAGCCCAGCCUUCGCCCUUGGAGCCCAAGGGGGACAUUCCCCGGGACUCGGGCUGCUUCGAGGGAUCGGAGACCCUGGACGGCAGCCGGGAGGAGGCCGAGCUGGGGGGUCCCGAGGGGCAGCUGCGGGCGCUCUCCCUGGCAGAGUCCUCCUGA